CUGAAAGGCGUUGUGAUGGCUGACCUCAGCUCCUCCGGCGUGCUGCUGCUCCUCUGGACGGCCAUAAUGGUGCCUCGGGCCUCCCCCCAGCCUCCUCCGCCCCUCUCGCUGCCGGUCCAGCUGUCGGUGGUCUCCCCCCCCUGGCAGCUCCUGGCGCUGUCCCAGGGGGAGCCGGGCCCUCUUUUCUACAACUCAAGCCCCUUCUCCGUGUCCCAGAGUGUUUUCCUGCUGCCCCCCCCUGGCCUCUCCGCGGCCCCCGGCCUCAAGGCCUCGUUCGGGCCCUACUCUGUCACACAGCUCGUACCGGAGCCUUUCCGACCGGCCUCCCCCGCGGUGCGCGCGUCCCUCCUCUCUGAAAACGUGGAGAGGGAGAUGGACGAGGGGGGGCGGGAGGUGUUCAGAGUAAGGGCUCUGUUCCGGCUCCCAGGGGACGCCGGUGCCCGGGGAACCUGCGUCCUGCUGCACGCCUUCAGAGAGACGGAGCAGCGCCGGGCCUCCUGCGUCACGCAGCCUCUGGGCCUGUGCGUGGUGACCCUGACGCUCCCCGGUGAAUGGUUCCAGGCUCAGGAUCAGCGUCCCGUUCCGGACGCCUGGCAGAAAAAGGCCCUCCGCGGCCGCAGGGCGCAAAGCCGUCGCCACGGCAACCACGUCCACCCCCUGCGUGCCCGCGCCCCCCCGCCCAGGUCCAGGCCGGUUUCAGAGGCCGACUCUCAUCCAGAUCGUCCUGCAGCCUUCAGACACCAACGAGGCCCAGAGCCCAACAAAAUACAGCUUUACUACUCGUCCUUCAGCCCAGAGGCCGAUCUCCAGCUGACCCAAACAAGAUGCGAGGAGGAGAGCGUGGCUCAGUCCCAGAGGCAGAUGUACCACAUCAGGGCGGUGACGCUUCCGGAGCAGACGGAGGUCAAAGGCCGUCCUCAGGAGGGGAGCGAGGGUAUCGAGGGCUGCCUGGGCGGGCAGCAGGCGGAAGAGCUCAGCGUGGACUCUCACGUCACCGUCCGCUAUCACCGAGGCCCGGUCCUGAUCGGACAGCCGGUCCGAAUGUCCGUCAGCCUGAGGGGCAACUUCAGUGCCGAUUUUGUGGUCAUCAGGAUGAAGGUGAAGAAGGGGCUGGUGUCCAUGACGGCUCAACGGACUCUGACCUCUGACCAGUGGACGGUGAGCCUGGAGAGAAGCCAAAGCGCCAAGCACGACGUGAUGACCAUCGUCUGCCACAAGCCGCCGACUCACCAGCCCCCCCUCCAGCAGCAGGUGGUCUGCCUGUCCGUGGACGGGCUGAGGAGGAGCUUCGGAGUGGCCAUGACUGUGGCGGCCACCUGGUGGGUGGAGUACUCCGGCCAGAGCCGGCUCACGGGCACGGCAGCCAGCGCCUUCUCUUUCUCUGACCGGCCCAUCGUCGGCAUCGUCCCCGUCACAGAGAGUGAUCAAAUCCUCAACACGGCCAUCCUGACCAGCCGGCCGGUGUCCCUGCCUGUGGCCGUGCUGGCCGUCGGCCACGACCAGAAGGUGUCGGACGUCACCUCUGCGGUCACCUGCCGAUCGGCCAACGAGAACACGGUCAAGGUCUCCAGUGACUGCUCCGCUGUCUUUGUUGACGGCAGCGAAUCGGGCCUGGGCAACACGUGCGCAGAGGUGCACUUUGAACUGGGCGUGCUCAGUGGCUCCGUGUGUCUGGAGGUGUGGGCUCCCUCGGUGCCCCUGCAGGUGCUGCUGACAGACCCCGUGCUCAACGCCAUCGAUGGCUGGAACCUCUUUACGGAAGAA